AUUAGCAUAGAGAAAAGAAAUCAGUGAGGCCACCAGUAAAAGAAAAAAAAAGAGCGUUUUUCCAUUAGCGUUUUCUUCAAAAUUUCUUCCUUCCCCCCCUUCUCUGUUACACCCCGCUUCUUGGAUCCCUUUCUGUCAUCGUCUGUCUUUCAAAAAAAUUUAAAGAAAUCAAGAUUUUCAGGGUUUGAUUUUUUUCUUGAAUUUUUGAAAGAAAUUUCAAAGCAAAAAAGCAAACCCCGUAAGGGCGUCUUUGUUUGUUUUGAAAGCCAGGUGAUUCAGAAUAGAGAUCGCUUUGUUUUUCUUUUUUGGUUAGUGUAAAGUUUGUUCUGUCUUUGAUCAAAUCAUCAAGCUUGGAGGGUUUGUUUUUCUCUGUCCCUCAGGUUUGAUCUUAUAGGGUUCUUGAAGGUGUUGAAAAAGGUUGCUUAUUUUGAAACCUCUUUGAUCCUUUGUUUGUGUUUUCACCUGUUCUUUAGUUUUGGUAUAAGAAACAGGUCUUUUCUUGGUAAGAAAUCAUGGCAGCAGCUAUAGAUAUAUAUGGUUCUUGCAGUUUCUCCACAGAUCCCUUCAGAGAGGAGCUUAUGCAAGCACUUCAACCUUUUAUGAAAAGUGCUUCUCCUUCUUCUUCUUCAACUUCUCUCUCUACUUCUCCUUCUCCUUCUCAUCCUUCACCUUCUUCUUCUUCUUCUUCUUCUGAUUAUUUCUCCUUUCCCUCUUCUUGUGAUCAGCCCAAUAUGUACACUGGUUUCAGCUCAGUCCCAUCAAGAACCCAAAUCUUUUCUCCAGGGUUUUCCAGUUUUAGCCAAUUGGGAGAUGAGCAAACAGUCAGUACUAUUGGUCUAAACCAACUCACCCCAUCUCAGAUCCUCCAAAUCCAGGCCCAAUUUCACCUCCAGCAACAGCAAUUGCAACAACAACAGAGUUACAAAUUCAGUCAAUUGCAGCAUCAGGGCAACUCAUUCUCCAGCUUUCUUGGCCCGAAGCCUGUCCUGAUGAAGCAGCCCGGAACUCCCUCCAAACCCGGAAAGCUUUACCGGGGGGUGAGGCAGAGGCACUGGGGCAAAUGGGUUGCUGAAAUCAGGCUACCUAAGAACAGAACCAGGCUUUGGCUUGGAACCUUUGACACCGCCGAGGAUGCUGCCUUGGCUUACGAUAAAGCAGCUUACAAGCUACGAGGAGAGUUUGCAAGGCUCAAUUUCCCUCACCUCAGGCAUCAAUUAUGUCGGGAUUCCAGCGACUUCAAGCCCCUGCAUUCCUCUGUCGACGCGAAGCUCCAAGCCAUUUGUCAAAACUUGGCCAAUUCGCAGAAACAGGGGAAAAAUUCAGGGGAAGAACCCUGUUCUGUCUCUAAGCAGGAGCAUGAAAUUAAAAAGUCCAGUGUUCCCAAGAUCGAAAGCUCAUCGGAUGAUUCAUCGAACGAUGGAUUUAAGGAAACCGUGAAGGUGGAGUCCUCAAUUUCCUCAUCAGCUUCUCCUUCGCCCUCCGAGGAGGCGUCAUGGACCGGUUCAGCUUCGCCGGAAUCCGACAUCACUCUCCUGGAUUUCCACGAGCCUUCGUUCGACGGAUUCGAUAAUUUCUUGUUGCAAAAGUACCCUUCAGUUGAGAUUGACUGGGCAGCUCUAUAAUUAUAUAAUAGUAGCAGUUCUUGAUGCUUUAGAUUUUCUUGGUAUUUAGGUUAAAAGCGUAGAGUCAGUUUCUGGCAUCUGCAAUGGAUUUUUUGACAUAUGCAGAUGGUCUGGAAGGGUUUGGACUAGGUUUAUGUUGUUGAUAGUAUGUUGUAAUGUAAGAAUCUCUGGAUCUUGGUCUGCUGGUUGGUUUUUGUUCCAUGCAUGACCAGAGGAGAUUGGCUAUGUUAUGAAUUGUACUUGUACUCUUUUCUUCUCGUUGUUGUAUAAAUUAUGGUGUGCUUUCUUGUUA